AUGACCUUCCGUGAAAGAGUCAAGCGGGUGUUCCACCGUUCGUCCAACAGCGGUCAACUGAAUGGAAAACCCAAGAUUGAAUAUUAUCGUCGGAGUGAGGUUCCUCCCUCCAAGUUUCGAGGCCCAUUCGAUAAGGAACACCAAAAACGCCUAGCGGCUUGGUCCUUUGACGGUGCCAUGGUGGAACGCCCCCGUUCGCUCGACUUGCCUAUUUCCCCGGGUGCCAUAUAUGAUAUCUGCCCAUUUGACUCCGACGAUACUGGCGAUAUUUCUCCCGAUGAUGAUGGAGUCGCGAUCGAUCCAGCACCUUCCCACUCUCCCGUGUCCCCCAUCUCGACAGACUCGCCCCGCCCCGUCCACACGGGCUCCCAAUCGUCGACCAUUGUCAACUCAGACAGCUACAACGGCUCCAUGAUGACACUGCUUCCGGAAAUUUCUGUCUACGAAAUUCCAGAGGACCCCAUCGCCCAGUUCAAGGAGUCCAUCCGGUACUGCUCGCCUAUUGUGCGCGCCAUGUCUCCCGCCCCCAAGUCGCCUCGGGGCAAACAAAUGCCCUUUGCACCGGAGGACCUCACCCGCGCCCUGGCUGCCGUGCAGAUCUGCGCGUAA